AUGGAUAUCUAUAUUCCUCGCCUCAUUCUCUACUUGCUGCUUCAGGUGUUUUUGGCGUCUUUAUGCCUAAACACUAGCAGUAUUGUGAAAUCAUGCAUGGAGGAAGAGAGACAAGCUCUUCUCAACUUUAAACAAGAUCUCAUUGAUCCAUCUGGUAGGAUUUCUUCUUGGGUGGGUCAUCAAUGUUGUGGAUGGAGAGGUAUUUCAUGCAACAACCACACAGGUCAUGUUGUAAUCAUUGACCUCCGUAAUCCAUAUCCACGUCCAUACCGAAACUUCACUGAGUAUGAAGAAUCUUGUUUGGGAGGUAAGUUAAAUCCUUAUUUGCUUGGCUUGAAACAUUUGAGUUACUUAGACCUGAGCUUGAAUGAUUUUCAAGGGCUUCCGAUUCCUAACUUUAUUGGCCAGCUUACAAGUUUGAGCUAUCUCAAUCUUUCAAGUCUCAGUAGAUCUGCUACAUUUGUAGCCGAGAUUCCCCCAUCACUUGGUAACCUCUCGAACUUGAACUCUCUUGACCUCCAGCAUAAUCUACUUUCUUCCAAAAACUUGGAUUGGCUUUCUCAUCUCUCUUCCCUAAAAUACCUCAAUCUUGGAGGUGUGAACCUUAGUAGCACAAGAGUAAGUUGGCUACAUGCUGCUAAUAUGCUUCCUUCACUCUCAGAGUUGCAUUUGUCUGGUUGCCAAAUUGGUGGAAACCAGCUUCCACUGUCCAUGCCUACAAUUAACUUCACAUCACUUUUGGUCCUUGAUAUGUCAUGGAAUAAUCUUAUCAAUUCUUCAUUUCCUAAAUGGAUUUUCAAUCUUUCUAGCCUUACAAAACUUGAUCUAACAGGGAAUCCUUUGCUCCGAUCCACUCUUAAUGAACUUCCAAGCCUCAAAUCUCUAGAAUACCUUCAUUUAUCUAGUGCAGGACUUAAUGGUCAAGUUCCCAAAUUCAUUGGAAAUUUGUGCAAGCUCAAGUCAUUAGGUCUUGCGAGCAACAAAUUUGAUGGGGGGAUUCAAGAGUUUCUGAGUGGGUUUUCAAAUUGUUCAUUUAAUAGAAUGGAGUCUCUAGAUUUGUCUUACUGUGGGCUGGUAGGCAAAUUGCCUACUUCAUUGGGAAUGCUGAAACGCCUACAGCAUUUGAAUCUUGGCUCCAACUCCUUUUGGGGCUCCCUUCCCGCAACUAUUAUCAGCAAUUUAUCAUCAUCCCUGAAGGCACUUGAUCUCAGUUCUAAUCUUUUCAACGGUUCCAUUCCUCAAAAUUUAGGACAACUCUGUCAGCUAGUUACCCUUGAUCUCAGUUCUAAUCUUUUCAAAAGUUACAAUAUUCCUCAAAGUUUGGGACAACUCUCUCAACUAGUUCAUCUAGAUUUAUCUGAAAACUCAUGGGGAGGCACUAUAACGGAAGCACAUUUCAUAAAUCUCACCAGAUUAGAGUUGUUUUCAAUAAGCACAGACCGACGUGUGCCCAUCAUUUUCAAUUUGACUGAUUAUGAUUGGAUUCCUCCUUUCAAGCUCCGUGCAGUUUACAUGGACAAUUGUCGAGUAGGCCCUGGCUUUCCCAUUUGGCUUCAAUCUCAAACUGAACUGUUAGAUGUCAAACUUAGUAAUGCUGGAAUCUCGGGUGCAAUACCAGAGGAAUGGGUCUUUAAGAUAUCUUCCCAAAUCAAAACUUUGAAUUUAUCUUACAAUCAAAUAAGCGGAAGGCUUCCGUUCCGAUUUAACUUUUCAUAUCUAUAUAUUAUAGAUUUAAGCCAUAAUCAAUUUGAUGGCCCACUCCAACUUUCGUCCACUAAUACUCCAAUUUUAACAUUUUUAUCUCUUUCUUAUAAUUACUUGAAUGGUACAAUUCCAUCAUCUAUUUGCAACAUUCAAUCGUUGUGUACUCUAUGUCUGAGAAACAAUCAGCUAUCCGGAAAGUUCCCUCAAGAAUGGAGUUUGUGGAGAGACAUAGGAAGUCUAGAUGUCUCAAACAACAAUCUAUCUGGUAAUAUUCCAACCUCAAUGGGUAUUCCAAGAAGUAUUGAAAUAUUAAAGAUGGGCAACAACUACUUUACUGGAGAAAUUCCUUCUUCCUUGCAAAAUUGCUCUGAUUUAGACAGACUUUAUCUUGGAGGCAACAAGUUUACUGGAAGCCUACCUUUCUGGCUAGGAUCAAAAGUAUUGAAAUUGAAAGUGCUACAACUGCGAUCCAACUUUCUAAGUGGAAAUGUACCUGAACAAUUGUGCAAUCUUUCAUACCUUACGAUCCUAGACCUGAGUAACAACAACCUAUCAGGGGCUAUACCAAAGUGUUUGAUUAAUUUGACUUCUCUAGUUCAUGAUUUAAAGAAAGGUUGGCAUAGCCCUGAGCCAAAUGGUGACCCAACAACUUUGACUAUGAAAGCAAGACAAAGCGAAUACAGCAUCUCAAAUGCAGUUUUUGUAACCAUCAUUGAUCUUUCGUCAAAUGAUUUAGAAGGUGAAAUUCCUGAAGAACUCUGUAGCCUUGUUCAAUUGGGUACCUUGAACUUGUCCAUGAAUCAAUUAAGUGGAAAUAUCCCCUCGAAGAUUGGAAACUUGCUCUUACUUGAAACUCUCGAUCUCUCCCAGAACCAGCUUUCAGGACACAUUCCACAAAGUCUCUCUUCCCUGACCUUCUUGUCUCACCUGAACUUAUCUUUUAACAACUUGACAGGAAGAAUUCCUUCAGGCAACCAACUUCAGACGCUAGAUGAUUCAUCUAUUUAUGAGGGCAAUCCUUCACUAUGUGGAUUUCCUCUUUCAAAAUGCCCAGAAGAUAGAGACAACGUGCCAGAGUCUCUUGCAGAAGAAAAUAAAGAUCAUGGAGAUGAUGACGAAAACCUUGGUUUCUAUACCAGCACAGUGCUUGGCUUUAUCAUAGGCUUUUGGAGUAUCUGCGGUACAUUGAUAUUGAAGAAGUCAUGGAGUAUUUUCAGAGGGGGUGGGGGUGUGGGAUUCCAAUGGCUUGUUACAUGUAAAGUUGUAAACUUCAAGAGUGGGAAUGCGUAUGGGCUAAUUGGUACAAUGGACUUCAUUUUCAACUGUGGGGGUUCAUCAGUGGCCUUCAUCUUUGUCACAAGCUUGGAUUCAACUAAUGUCUCCCAAAUCUUCGGCAGAACUCAAAUACUGAAGCAGCAAUUUGCACAUCUUUAUGUUAUCUGUACCCUCCCAACCAAAGAGCAAAAUGACUUGUUUGUUCGUUCUUACUUCAAUUUCGGAUUGGAGCUUGGUAAGCCGGCAUUUGUUCUGGUUAAAGACUUGGAGAUGGGUUUUGAAAAGAUGCUAAGGAUAGUUUAUGCACGCGGAGUAUGCAAGCGAGAGGAUGUCACCACAAAAUUGAAGGCUCAGAGAGAGCAAUAUGUGCAAACCGUGGGCGUGUUUCAAAGAGUGGUCACAUCCAUACCAGGACUUGACAAUCAUGAUGCAAAUGUUGGUGAACUGCUGGAUUGAAGACUGGAAGAAUGGCUACUAAGUUGCUGUAUUUGAAUUAGGACUUUCUAAUUUCUAUUUCAUUGCAUAUUUGUACUUGAAUUUGGACUUCAUAUUUAAAUUUGGACACUUUGUAUUUCAAUUGUAGCUUUAAUUGUUCUUGAAGAGUACUUGAAUUUGGAUAUUAUGUAUUCUGGAUAUUCGAAUUUGCAGCUUGAACUUUGGAUUUUGAUAGUGUUUUAAUUCAAAUUUUCACCAGGUUGAUCUGAAUGAUA